AUGGCCACACCAAUCUCCACGGCCACACCAAUCUCCACCUCCACUAUCGACCACCCACUCCUACAGAAACCCAGAAAAAAGCAGCUGUAUCUCCGGCUCAACAACCACCCUUGCUACUUCACCACCAGCUCAUGCUCCGACCGUAUCUCCAUCCUCUCCCAACCCAUACACCAAACCCAACCCAACAAAAAAUCCAAAUGCUCCGGCCGUAUCUCCAUCCUCUCCCAACCCGUACACCAAACCCAACCUAACAAAAAUCCAAAGGCGGCUCCUGGCUCUUCGUCUCCCACGACCCAGCCGAUCCCGACUCGGUCAUCUCCCUCCUCUUCCCCGAGUCACCAACUCGCUCCGAACCCGAGUCCGAACUCGUCCUCCGCUUCGAACCGCUCAUCGUCGCCGUGGAGUGCAAAGACCUCGCCUCAGCUCAAUCGCUGGUCUCCACAGCGAGGUCGGCCGGGUUCAGAGAUUCCGGCAUAA